UGUCGCCGAGCAAGCCGAUCGACAAAUCGACCGGAACAGAAAGAGCCCGAGGCGAUCGACUACUAGCAGCAUGGCUACGGAGGGUGGUUUAGCACCGGAUGCAGCUGCAGGUGCAGGCGCCGGCACCGACGGCAUCGUCGGUGGCCCCAGAACGCCCCAGCAAAUUGCCUCGCAGAAGCGGCUGCAGGCGACGCAAGCGCAAGUUGACGAAGUCGUCGACAUCAUGAAGACAAAUGUGGAAAAAGUCCUCGAGCGCGAUCAAAAGCUCUCCGAGCUCGACGAUCGAGCAGAUGCACUUCAACAAGGAGCGUCACAAUUUGAACAACAAGCAGGAAAAUUGAAGAGAAAGUUCUGGCUACAGAAUCUAAAGAUGAUGAUCAUUAUGGGUGUAAUCGGACUCAUCGUACUGGCCAUCAUUGUCGCGAACUUCAUGUAGGCGCGCUGAUUGGUGGAAGAGAUUUGUGUGUGAGUGAGUCUGAAGCGAGCGUCACCGGCGGCAGCAAUACGCAAAAUUGAACGCGAGAGUAAGAGCUAAAAGUAAAAUAACGUAACAACUACAGCAACAAUAAAAAGAGAGAUAAAAGGAGAAGAGGAGGAACAAGAAAGAGAAGAGAAGGAAGAAACGGCGGCUGAGAAAUUUCCGAAGAGGAGAUGGUUUCUGGAGGGAUAGAUCUCGCAAGAUGGAAAUUGUGAUGAGCCGUUGACGAGCUCUGCCGGAGUUCUCCGCGAACGUAAUCGUCGGAUCGAUCGCGCGCGGGAAUCAAGGAAAUCAAUCGAUCGAUCGUCGGCCUUGGGAUUCAUCGUGGGAGAGGAGGAAGGAUGACCGGAAGCGGAUGAUCGGAAGCAGGAAACGUUGAUCCGAGCGGGAACAACGAAGAGAGCCGUCGCGACGACCACGGAACUUUCCUGUUACCCUUCGUAGCGUUUUUUUUUUCCUUUUCCGGAUCGAGUAGAGGAAGUCGAGGGGACCACGCCGAACCGGCACGGUCUCCAUAUCUCGCAUGGACGAAGGUCGCGCACGACAAUUAACACGUGCGAAAUUCCGCUGAUUUCUCAAUCUUUAUUUCGUUGCGUUAUUACUUUAGAUUAUUGUUUAAUGUAAUUGACGUAUAAUUUCAUUGUUACCACGCUCUUUUCGCAACAGUGCGUUGUUUGAGGAACGUUAAUUCAUAUCUUAAGUUUCGGCGAAUGCGAAAUUGAAAAUACACAGAUCUUAAUGGAUUAAGUCUUAGAUCUAUCUUAUGUCUUACAAUUAGUCUAAGUCGGAGAUUUUGUUAGACAAGCGGAAUUGAAACUGAUCCUAUUAAAAUCUCAUGACUAAACGCAGCUGAUUGAUAAGACGAGAUAUGUACAUCGCGCUUUCCUUCGUCCAUCUUCGUUAAUUAAGAUUGUCCGAAAAAAGUUAGAAAAGAAGAGAAAUACAGAAAUAAAUGAUUAUUGUAUACAAAGAAGCGGCAAGUUCAUGAAAAGAGAGAGAAAAUUCGUUAUA